UUUUUCGAGAAUCUCAAGUCAUAAAGGAGAUAGUCAUUACAGUUUUGGAUCAACUACUUUUAAAAAUAGCAAGGCUAAUUAUACAUCUUCAAUGAACCAACCUCCCCCAAUUACAGCUUCUCCUGAAGUAAAACUUAAGUACCAGAACAGAAAAGCUGAAAAUGAAAUCGAGCAGCUUCAUUUGAUCAACCAAAAUCUUCAUCAAGAAAAAUGUGACUUUGUUCAUAAGACUGAGGACAAGAAGACUGAAAUUCAACAGACUGCUAACCAUAUCGACGAAGCCAAUAAAGAAAUUAUCAGAAUGUGGAGAUCUCUAGGAAGGGUUGGUAAUAGGAGCUCUUCUCACGGCCCUCCUCAGGUGAACCUCAAAAAGACCAGAUAUCAAUGACUUAAAAAGCAAGAUAGGUUAGAACAAGAAAGAACUGAGCUAGCCAGAAUCUGUCAAAUGCUUAUUGAUGACCUUAAUGAAUGAGAUACAAGGAUCAAACUCGCUGAAGAAGUCAUUGGAGAUUUGAAAAACACAGAACUAAUCGACAUGCUCACUAGGAAUGAGAGAAUGAAGGAAGGCAUGCUCCAAGACAUCGAAGACUUACAGGAUAGAUCUCAAGAACUAGAUGGCAUUAUAGCUGAACAAGAUCGGGAAAUUGAUAAGUUAGAAACCUACAUAAACUCCCCUAAUGGUCUUAACCAACAAAGAGUUGCUGAAUUAGAAAAUGAAUUGGAUGUUGAUGAACAAACUGCUGAGCAUUUGUGACAAGUCAUAGAAGACCUUAAGGCAAGAGCUGACUAUCAGGAUAGCACCCUUAUCAAUUAUGACAGAGAAUUUACAAAGAAAAAUGAAGAUUACCAUGAGUUGAAUGUUAAACUAGUAGAUGGAGAGCAAGAAGUAAAGUAUUUGAAAAAGAAAACUGGCAUAUGGAAUCUGGAAACCCCUCAAGUAUUUAUUCAAUAA